UUUCCACUGGCCUAUAUAUCUGCUUGAUGAAAGUUGCAAUUCCAUUUAAAUCACUUGAGUUAUGUAUCGAUUGAUCAUCGUAUCAAAAUAUCUAUCAGCAUCUUUCUUUGUUUAGGAUUAUUUAGGAUAUCAAAGUAAAUGUUUAAUUGUCAAUUUUAUUGAACAAAUAUCAUUUAUUUUGUGACAUGUGUGAUCCAACAUUAAAAAAGGAAUAAACAUAAAAAAGUUAAACUCAAAUAAACGACCGAGAACAUCAGAACGAAAGAAACAAUGUUCAUUAUUAUAUUGAUAUUAUUCAUAUUUAUUUUAUUGAUUUAUAAUUACUACGUGCAUUAUGAAAGGAACAAUCGACUUCUUAAUCUUAUACCGGGACCAUCGGGCUAUCCAAUUAUUGGCAAUGCACUCCAAUGCUAUGUGUCAGUAGAGGAACUAUGGAAGCUGGCCUGUACAUUAAUGAAUGAAUAUUAUCCCUUUUUUAAAUUUGGAGGUUUCUUUGUAUAUGGAGUAUGUAUCAGUCAUCCAGAUGAUUUAGAGACGAUUCUAAGCAGCACUAAGUACAUCGAGAAAGGUCGUUUGUAUAACUUAUUACAUCCCUGGUUAAACACAGGUCUCCUCACUAGCAAAGGAGUUAAGUGGCAAACGCGGCGAAAGAUAUUAACACCUACAUUUCAUUUUAAUAUAUUGAAUCAAUUUGUCGACAUCUUUAUCAAAGAGGGCGAUUGCAUGACAAAAUCUUUAAAAAAUGUCGAAAUAUCGGUUGUAAAGGAUUUAUCAUCCUUUAUUAGUGAGCAUACGUUAAACGCGAUAUGCGAAACUGCCAUGGGCGUCUCUCUGCAAAAACUUGGCGAGUUCCAAAAGCAAUAUCGAAAUGCGAUUAAUGAAAUAGUUGAAUUGAUGAUUUACAGAGCAGUGAAGCCUUGGUUCUACAACGAUAUGUUAUUCUCAUUGACGCCACAAGGAAGAAAGCAAAAGAAAGUCUUGAAAAUAUUGCAUGGAUUUACGGAAAAAAUUAUUGCGGAAAGAAAGCUUUAUCACCAACUUACUAACCAUCAAUAUUUAAAAAAUCUUGAAAAUAAUGAGGAAACAGAAGAUGUCGAAAUAUUUAAAAUUAAAAAAAAGCGGUUAGCCAUGUUGGACCUUUUAAUAGCGGCAUCUCAAGAAAAUUCUUUAACUGAUUUGGACAUCAGAGAGGAAGUCGAUACUUUUAUGUUCGAAGGUCAUGAUACUACAGCGGCAGGUAUAAUGUAUACUUUACUACUAUUAGCUGAACACAGAGAUAUCCAGGAGCGAGUGAGAAUUGAAAUCGAUAAUGUAAUGCAAGAAAACGAAGGAAAACUUAACAUGAGUUCAUUGCAAAAUUUAUCAUAUUUAGAAAGAUGUAUAAAAGAAGCGUUACGUUUGUAUCCUAGCGUGUUUUUCAUAUUACGAAACCCUGGGGAAGAUGUAAAAUUACAAUCAUAUAUCGUACCCUCUGGGACGAUCUUAUAUCUUAAUAUCUACGGAGUUCACAGAGAUCCCAAUUUUUGGCCGAAUCCAGAAGUAUUUGAUCCGGAUAGAUUCUUGCCCGAGAGGAUACAGGGCCGUCAUCCUUAUUGUUAUAUACCAUUCAGCGCAGGAUCGAGAAAUUGCAUAGGUCAACGGUUCGGUAUGCUGGAGAUGAAAGCUCUAAUAGCUCCUUUGGUGUAUAAUUUUUACUUGGAACCUAUUGAUUAUUUAAAAGAUAUCCAAUUAAAAUUCGAUAUCAUACUUCGUCCUUCUCAUCCAGUUCAUCUUAAAUUCAUUCCGAUCAAAUGCAAAUAGUCAUUUAAAACUAAUGUUAAUACCAUAUGAAUAUAAGAAGUUUCAAUCAAAUGAA